AUGGUCAAAGACAUAGUAGGGGAGGCUGAGUUCUACAGGAUUAAGGGAGACAAGUGUUACUUAGAACCUCUGGACUACUUCGAACGGGUUGCCAACAGAGAAUUUCGUGGCGUUGAGAAAAAAUGGAUUUUCCAUUUCUUCAAGGCAGGUCUCAGAGAUAAUCGACCGAAAGGCCUAUUCUCCGAUACUUUGGUCUUGACUUGUAAAGAUAUGAAAGCCAUAUUCGACCCUAUAAUCGCAGACAUCAAAGACAAAGUCAACGAACAGGUGCAGGCCGUCAUGGCCAAGAGACUGUCAGAAAAUCAUCCCCAAGAAGGAAGACCUAAGGCCAUUCUUCUUGUAGGCGGGUUUGGUUCUUCGGAAUAUCUCAGAUCUGAACUUGUUCAACAAUUCCCGGGUAUUCAAGUUAUGCAGCCAGAUGAUGCUUGGUCUGCAAUAGUCAAUCAACUUCCACAAAAAGUCACGGUAGUCUCAAGACAAGCGACGCGGCACUACGGCGUUUCAGCUGGUUCUAUCCAUGACGCCGAGAAAGACGAAGGACAUCCAAAAUAUAUGGACGCAUAUGGAAACUGGCGAAACUUGAGGGAUGUGGAGAGGGGAAAUUUCAGGAAAAAUAGGGGAAUGUAUGGGGAUUGGUUGUGGGAUAUUCACUAUGACCUGGUAGUGAUAAGCAUGCCUGCCAUCAUGAAGUUUUCACUUGAACACGGAGGUAAUUGCUCGAGCAAAGAAUAUGGCUCAUACGGAAUGAGCAUCAAGAGGGCGGGGGAGAGAUGUGGGAUAGAAGAGUUCACCGGACAUCGGACUGAGACUGUCGAUAUUCCUGAUGAGAAAGGAAAGGAUGAUGCUCGUGAAAGAUACCAACAGCUACACAGCGCUUACAAGAUACUGUCAGACCAGCUUGACGCAUUUGCCCGCGAGAAAGCUAAGGCGCCCUGGAGAAGAGGUCAAGGUCAACGGGAAUUGCAAGUGGCCCAGGCACGAGCGAGAACCCAAGAUCUAGAAGCAGAGGUCAAAGUCUUCCAAGCUCGGUGCGAUGACUCUCAAGCACAAGCUAGUCAGCCCGCUCAAGAUCUGCAAAUGCUGUAUAAUGAGAUCGAAGAACUUAGUCAGAAGAACAAGGCCUUACAAUCAGAGAUCGAUUCUAUAAAACAGCAAUAUGAAAAGGCCAGUCAGCCUAUUCAAGAUCUACAAAUGUUGAACGAAGAACUUAGCCAGAAAAACAAAGCCUUAUAUUGGGUUUCUUGA